AUGAAGUUGGCCUUAUUGUUGGCUUCACUAGGCUUACCCUUGAUUGUAAUGUCUCUAGAUGCACAAAAACCAUUUAUGGCACCUGAUGACCAUGGAGCUAUAUGGUCAUUGUGUGGUGAUCCUUCCAGCCAUCUGUUAGUAGGAUAUCGAAAUGGAGUACAUAUAUCACCAGAGACACCUAGGACAGGAAGUGAUAUUAGUGUACAAGUACAAGGCAACCUAUUAAAAGAUGUUACUGGUGGGAAAGUGGAUAUUGAUUUGAGUAUUAUGUCAAUGAUUAAGAUUAAGAAGCAACUCGACCUCUGCACUGUCUUGGCAUCAGAUAUUAUGGGCCAUAAAUCAUGCCCACUUUCUGCUGGUGAUCUCGACUUGGAUGCAACAGCAUGGAUACCUAAAGAAUUACCCAAAUUACCACUCGAUGGUAACAUUCGUAUCUCUGACCAAGAUAAUAACACUGUGACAUGCAUUCAUCUUUCCUUUAAACUUCAAUGA